GAGAGGCGUCGCGGGGCACGCCGGGAGCCGCAGUCUCCGCCCCUGAGCCCCGGGAGCGGUGCAUGCUGGGGGAUGUAGUCGGAGGGAGGGAGGGUCCUGUCGGGGUCUCUCUCGGCAGCCAUGCAGAAGUACGAGAAGCUGGAGAAGAUCGGAGAAGGGACCUACGGGACCGUCUUCAAGGCCAAGAACCGGGAGACCCACGAGAUCGUCGCCCUCAAGAGGGUCCGCCUGGACGACGACGACGAGGGGUGGCCCAGCUCCGCUCUGCGGGAGAUCUGCCUCCUGAAGGAGCUGAAGCACAAGAACAUUGUCAGAUUGCAUGACGUCCUGCACAGCGACAAGAAGCUCACGCUGGUCUUUGAGUUCUGCGACCAGGAUCUGAAGAAAUACUUUGACAGCUGCAAUGGGGACCUGGAUCCUGAAAUUGUCAAGUCUUUCAUGUACCAGCUGCUGAAGGGCCUGGCCUUUUGCCACAGCCGGAAUGUUUUGCACCGAGACCUGAAGCCCCAGAAUCUACUGAUCAACCGGAAUGGGGAGCUGAAACUGGCGGACUUUGGGCUGGCCCGGGCCUUUGGCAUCCCUGUGCGGUGCUACUCGGCUGAGGUGGUGACACUCUGGUACCGUCCUCCAGACGUCCUUUUUGGGGCCAAGCUCUACUCCACCUCCAUAGACAUGUGGUCAGCCGGAUGCAUCUUUGCAGAGCUAGCAAAUGCUGGGCGGCCCCUCUUCCCAGGCAAUGAUGUGGAUGACCAGCUGAAGCGCAUCUUCCGGCUGCUGGGCACUCCGACGGAAGAGCAGUGGCCGGGAAUGACCAAACUACCUGAUUACAAGCCGUACCCCAUGUACCCAGCGACAACCUCUCUGGUCAAUGUGGUGCCCAAGCUCAACACGACUGGCCGGGACCUCCUUCAGAACCUGUUGAAGUGCAACCCAGUGCAUCGGAUCUCAGCGGAGGAUGCGCUGCAGCACCCCUACUUCACGGACUUCUGCCCCCCGUAGCCCCCUCACAUGACCCCCUCCCCCACCAGGGAACCAGCUACCUUUGGAUAUGUGGGGGGGAUGCUGCUGGCAUGGCUGCUCCCUCCCACACACGGGACCAGCUUUGGGGGAAGAAUAGCACUCCCACUCCCACCCCUUCUUCCCCCCAGACCCCAUGGGAGGGGGGUGUCACCAGGCUGGGGGGGGUCCUUUCGUUGAUGUGAAUAUUUGUGAGUCUUAUAAAACACUGCUGCUUCUCUG